AGAUUGUACCACUGCACGCCAGCCUGGGUGAUAAGAGUGAGACUCCAUCUCAAAAAAGAAAUAAUUUUGAACACCUAAUUAGGGCACUGCUCAAUGGGAAUGAACAGACAAUAUCUCUGCCUUAAAAGAGCUUAUAUUUUAAUGAGAGGAAAUGAGAAAAUAUACACCAUUUAAAAAACAAGUCGAUAAGAAGGGCAUUCGAGAAAAAGGCUGGGAGGAGUGAUAGGCAAUGGUUCAGGCUGCAAUGUUUUAAACCGUUCAUGUGAUGUAGCCCUACCUAACAACUAGUCCUAUUGCCCUCCCGCCUCUGUAUAUUUCAGUCCCUUACAUGCAAUACUCUUCUCUCUUUAUUAGGCCUCUGCAGAUGUUUCCCUCUGCCUGAACCCUUUCUUCAGCUCAGCUCAAAUACCCGCUUCCUCUGGGAAAACUUCCCACACGGCUAGAUUUCUAUUCCAGGCUUCUGCAACACCUGCCCCUCACCUUUAAACACCGCUCAUAUUCUGACUUUACAUCCCGCUUGUAUCUGUUGAUCGCUCAUAACAUCAAGUAAGCUCCAUGCGGACACAGCUAUGAUCUGCUUUGUUUGCCGCCGACCCUGCGCCCAGCACGGAGCCUCUGUAGUUACCACUAGGACCCGGCCUACUCGCGAAACACACUGAGCCGGAAGUGUUGCGAUCGCUCCGAACGACCGGAUGGGGAACUGCGCGGGCCACAGGGCAAACGGAAGUAUAGCGUUCCUGUCCGGAAGCCCUGAGAGGGAAACGCCCGCAAAGGCUGGUUUUUAAGCGGGAGCAUCUCUUCACUCGCAGCGAGUGCGCGUGCGCUGCCUCCCUCAGCCCAAGUCGGGAACAUGGCCGUAAGGUCGCUGUGGGCGGGCCGGCUGCGGGUGCAGCGCCUACUGGCCUCGACUGCCGCGUGGGAGAGCAAGGGAUGGCCACUUCCAUUCAGCACUGCCACCCAAAGAACUGCUGGUGAGGACUGCCGUUCUGAGGACCCUCCUGAUGAGCUUGGGCCCUCUCUUGCUGAACGAGCCUUAAGGGUAAAAGCUAUUAAACUGGAGAAAGAAGUCCAGGAUUUAACAUUGAGAUACCAGAGAGCUGUAGCUGAUUGUGAAAACAUAAGGAGGCGAACCCAGAGAUGUGUGGAAGACGCCAAGAUAUUUGGAAUCCAGAGUUUCUGUAAGGACUUGGUGGAGGUGGCUGACAUUUUGGAGAAGACUACAGAGUGCAUUUCUGAAGAAUCAGAGCCUGAGAACCAAAAGCUCACUCUGGAGAAGGUCUUCCGAGGGCUGUUGCUUUUAGAAGCAAAGCUGAAAAGUGUGUUUGCCAAGCAUGGCCUGGAGAAGCUGACACCCAUUGGUGACAAAUAUGAUCCCCAUGAGCAUGAACUCAUCUGUCAUGUGCCAGCUGGUGUUGGGGUGCAGCCUGGCACUGUGGCAUUAGUAAGACAAGAUGGCUACAAACUUCAUGGCCGCACCAUUAGGCUUGCCCGAGUGGAAGUGGCAGUGGAGUCUCACAGAAGACUGUGAAGAGGCCAUCAGGAACUGGAUGUUCUCCCAGAGCGCAGUCACCUAUGUUUCUUUUAUUUAUUAAACUAGGUUUGUAUUGUA